AACUGCCCCCCCCCCCCCCCCAAAUCUGCAAGGAAUCUCCAUUCUUUUGCAUAGCUCCUCCCUUUGUGUUUUUCUUUUGCAAAGAGAGAGAGGGGAAAUACGCGUUUAUCUGAUCCAGUGGAAGUGUUUGGGAAACGCGGUCCGUGGCACUGAAGCGGGAGCCGGAACAGGUGCAGGAAGGGGCGAAUGGCCAGGGAAUCCGUGCAAGUCCCCGACGAUGUGGAUUUUACCUCUUUCAGGGAGGAAUGCAAUUCCGACAAGGGUUGGUGUCUGAAAUACAAACGCUCCGGGAUCACCGUGUGGGUGCAGAUGACGGAGGAGGAAAAAGCGUUGCAUAAAAUUAAGUGCCGGAUGCAGUGUAAGGAGCUGAGAGCGGAGACUCUGUACGACGUUCUGCACGAUGCCGAGUAUCGCCGCAAGUGGGACGAGAACAUGAUCGAGACCUUUGACAUCGGGAGGCUGACGGCCAACGCCGACGUCGGUUACUACGCCUGGAGGUGCCCAAAACCCUUGAAAAACCGUGAUGUGGUCACCCUGAGGUCAUGGAUACCCAUAGGCACGGAUUACAUCAUCAUGAACUACUCAGUCAAACACCCGAACUACCCUCCAAAGAAGGAACGGGUCCGAGCCGUCUCAAUCCAGACCGGGUACUUAGUGGAAACGAACGGUGCCAACAGCUGUACUCUCACCUACCUGGCUGAGGUGGACCCCAAAGGAUCGUUGCCAAAAUGGGUGAUCAACAACUCCUGGCACCUUCUUGCCCCCAAGGCCAUGAAGAAGAUCUACAAAGCCUGCCUAAAAUAUCCUGAAUGGAAAGAGAAGCACAACCCAUCCUUCAAGCCCUGGGUUCAUCCGGAACAGAGCAACCUGCCCACCAUCGCCCUCUCGGACCUCUCCAUCCAGCACGCCGAUUCCCUAGAAAACAUUGACGAGAGUGGCAUCCUCCAGGCCAAGGACGAGAAGGCGGUCAGCAGCGAUGAGGACAGUCUGAACUGAGGAGGGAGGGGUCCGUGGAACCAGCCAGGUCAAUGAGACCCCACCUGGGCAUGAUUCAGAGAAAAGUGCGGUUACCGUUUCCAUCAGACCACGCGAUGUAGGGGCAGAGUUGGGCCGUUUGGCCCAUCGAGUGCUCUGCUAUUCCAUCAUGUUUGAUUUAUUAUCCCUCUCAAACCCCAUUCCCCUGUUCCCUCCCUGAAACCUCUGAUGCCCUGACUACUCUGUUUUAAAUAUACCGCAUGACUUCGCCUCCGCAGCAUCUGUGGCAAUGAAUUCCACAGAUUCACCAGCCUCUGGCUAAAACAAAUUCCUCCUUAUUUCUGUUCUCAAUGGAUGCCCGUCUAUUCUGAAGCUGUGCCGUCUGGUCCUAGACUAUGCCAAUAUAGGAAACAUCCUCUCCACAUCCACUCUAUCUAAGCCUUUCAAUAUCUGAUAGGUUUCAAUAAGAUCCCCCCUCAUUCUCCUAAACUCCAGUGAGUACAGACCCAGAGCCAUCAAACACACCUCGCACGUUAACCGUUUCAUUCCCGGGAUCUAUCUCGUGAACUUCAGGGAGGUUGUGUCUGGUUGCCUGGGUGGUGACGGGGAGCGGAUGUGUUUAACACUGUUGAUUGAUUCUCCUUGUCUCUUUAAGUCAAUCCUGAGUCUGUUUUUACUGGAAUGAGCAGGCGGCCAGUCACCUUGCAGACGUGCAGCGCCUCCCUGAACCUGUCUUGGAUCCUUCUUCCCCCCUCCACCCGCACCUUAGAGCAGAGAACAGGCCCUUCAGCAUGCAAUCUGUACCAAACCCAAUGUCAAAUGAAACCAAAUCCCUUCUGCCUGUACAUGCUCCACAACCCCCAUUCCCUGCACACUCAUGUGUGAUCACUCAGGUGGAGCAUGAUGUUCUCCUAAGGGGUUGUCCAUUGGUGGGUUCUCAGGGGCGGUAGAGUCUGAUCUGGGUUCCAUAUGUUCUGGUUCAGUGUGGCCGUGUAAGUGGUGUCUGUGGGUGGUGGUUGGGUCUUUAAUGGUUCAGCCUCUCCUUCUGCAGCUGCCGCUUGUUCUCAUGUGCACAGAUUUCCUCCAGGUGUGCACUCCAUUGAGUGCAAAGUCUUCCCAGUUUUCAGAUGUACCGUUGAAAUUCUUCAGGCUGAUUUUGAUGAUAUCUUUGAAGGAUUUCUUUAGUCUAUUUAACACCUCUAUGGUGUCUGCUCCCACCACCCAGAUUCCAGGCCCCCACCACUCUCUGUGUAAAACAACUUGUCCCCCACAUCUCCUUUGAACUUACCUCUUCUCAUCUUAAAUGCUUGUCCUUCAGUAUUUGCAAUAUCCACUCUGAUCAAUGCCUUGGGUAAUCUUACAAACUUCUGUCAGAGCUCUCCUCAGUCUCUGCUGCUCCAGAGAACACAACUCAAGUUUGCUUAACCUCUUGUUGUAAGCUCAUACCCUCUAAUCUGGGCAGCUUCCUUGUAAGAUCAUAAGAUAUAGGAGCAAAUUUAGAUCCAUUGGGUAUGCUCUGCCAUUUCAUCAUGGCUGAUCCAUUUUCCCUCACACCCAAUCUCCUGACUUCUCCCUGUGUACUUUCUAGACUGACUAAUCGAGAAUCUAUCAACUUCUGCCUUAAACAUCCCCAGUGGCUUGGCCUCCACAGGUGGCUUUGGCAAAUACUUUCACAGAACCACCACUCCUUGGCUAAAGAAAUCCUCCUCAUUUCCGUCCUAGAAGGACACCCGUCUAUUCUGAAGCUUUCCCCUCUGGUCUUAAACCUCUCCCACCAUCCUCUCCACAUCCACUUUAUCAAGGCCUUUCGCUAUUCGAUGGGUUUCAAUGAGGCCACCCCUCACUCUUCUGAAUUCCAGUGACUACAAGCCCAAAGCCAUCAAAUACUCUUCAUAUGACAAGCCAUUCAAUCACAGAGUCAUUUUUGUGAACCCCCUCCAAUGUCAGCACAUCCUUUCUUGGAUAAGGGGCCCCAACCUCUCCAAGCCCUUUACACUCAAUACUCUGUGUAAAGGAAUGGAGAGGGCCUGUAGAGGGUUUAACUGAGUCAGGGGUUAAAUAUUUCAAAGAUUAAGAUUGGCUUUAGUUGUAACAGAAAAGUAGAGUGAAAUGGGUCCUUUGUGGCAACAACCAGCAUGGUCCGAAACUGUGCUGUGGGCAGCCCACAAUGUCACCCGGCAUUCUGGUGCCAACACAGCAUACCCACAACUUCCUAACCCUUACUAAUCCGUGUGCUUUUGGAAUCCAGAAACCCGGGGGAAACCCAUGUGGUCUUGGGGAGAACAUACAAACUCCUUCCAGAUGGCAGGAGGAACUGAAUCCUGGUUGCUGGCACUGUAAAGCACCACACCACCCUGUCUCUGCUCUUUGUGUAAAGGUUCCCUUUAAACCUCCUUCCUCUCAACUUAAAACCCUGCUCCCUGCCCUGGGAAACAGAUCCUGGCCUUCGAUCUUAUCCCUGCCUCUCAUUCUCCUCCAUCAAAUCACCUCGGUCUCUGUCACGCCAGAGAAAACAGAACCAGCCCCGCUUGCUCAAUCCCUCCAAUCCAGACCACGUCUCUCUGAGUCUUUCCUGCACCCUCUCUCGCUUAAUCACACCCAUCCUACAACGUCACCACCAGAUCCAGACACAAGGGCAACCCAACCAACAUUUUAGAGCCAUGGAGUUCAACUGCACAGAAACAAGCCCUUUGGCCCAUCUAGUCCAUGCUGAACUAGCCCCAUCAACCUGGACCACAGCCAUCCACACCCCUCCCAUCCAUGUACUUAUCCGAACUUCUCUGCAAUGUUCCACACUCGCACCACCCUCUGAGCGAAGGCGUUUCCCCUCAGGUUCUCCUUUCACUCAUAACCCUUGACCUCUAGUUCUGGUCUCACCUAAACUAGUUCAGUGGAAGAAAGCCUGCUUGCAUUUACCCUAUCUUUGUCCCUCAUAAUUUUGCGUGCCUCUAUCAAGUCUCCCCUCAUUCUCCAGGGAAUAAGUUGUUAACUGUCACAGUGCUCUGGCAAUAUUGGAACCCAAGUGCGGACGAAAAACAGUCUGUGAUGUAGAGAUGACAGCCAGAGUUUAUUCAUAAUGAUUCCAACAGAAUGGUGGUGGUUCGGCUGAGCAACUGUGAGAGAAGUAACAUUCUCAAAACUAGGACCCCGCGAUUAGUGCUAAUCCAUCAUCCACUUAAAUACUACAACUAACACUGAAUCCCCCAACCUUUCACAUAAACUUCACAUGAUUAAACAGGAAGCACCAGCAGAGUGAGCUGCCCAAGAAAAACACAAGGAAGUCUAAAUGAUUAAUGACUCUUGUUGGGUAACCAAUUCAGGUGCUCUGAAAAAUCCCGGAGCCCAACACUCUCUGGCCUGAAGAGCUCAUUGCACCUUUCCCCACAUCUCAGGUUCACAGGUCCCAGUAACAACCUUGUAAGUUUUCUCUGGACUCUUUCAAUCUUAUUGAAGGUGGGUAGGUACCUGAACUGAACACAAUACUCGAAAUUAGGCCUCACUAAUGUCUUAUACAAUUGCAACAUAGCAUCCCAACUCCUGUACUCUGAUUUAUGAAGGCCAAUGUGCCAAAAAGUCCUGAUGAACCUACCUUUAUGUUCAUUCAUUGUGUGCCGUCUUGCAUGAUGCAGGCAAUUGUCGUCUUUCCAUGGCUCUUGGCAGAUGUUUCUACAGAACUGGUUUGUCAUUGCCGCCUUCUGGGCAGUGACUUUACAAGACGGGUGACCCUGGCCAGUACCAAUACUUCCAGAGAUUGUCUGCCUGGUGUCAGUGGUCACAUAACCAGGACUUGUGAUCUGCACCAGUUUCUCAUACGACCAUCCACCACCAGCUCCCAUGGCUUCACGUGACCCUGAUCGGGGGGGGGGGGGGGGGCGGGGGUUAAGCAGGUGCUACAUCUCGCCCAAGGGUGACCUGCAGGCUAGCGGAGGGAAGGAGCGCCUUACACCUCCUUUGGUAGUGAUGUACCUCCAACCCCGUGACUCUUUAUGAUCCUAACCUAUUCAAACUUUCCCUAAAACUCAGGUCCUCAAACCCCAGCAACAUCCUUGUACCUUUUCUCUGUACUCUUUCAAUCAUAUUUUGUACUUCUGUAACUUGAUGUCCAAAUUUUUUGAUAUUAUUUCCAAUGGUAGUGUAAGCCGUUAACUGCGUGUCCUGCUAACUUGUUGCUGCUGUGACGUUGCAACGAAGGGAUGACGUCAGGUUUUGUUCGGACUCCUGCAUCUCCCGACGAAGUGGGUGACACUGAAACACAACCGCGAGGUCACGGGUUAAGGGGGAAAUGUUUCAGGGGAACUCGAUGGGGGGUCUCCUUCACUCCGAAAGUGGUGAGUGUGCAAUGAGCUGCCAGCAGAAGUGGUGGUUGUGCGUUCAAUUUCAAAAUUUAAGAUAAAUUUGGAUAUGGAGGGCUAUGGUCUGGGUGCAGGUCAAUGGGACCAGCCAGCUUAAUAGGUAUGGACUAGAUGGGCUGAAGGGCUGCUCUCUGUGCUGUAGUGUUCUAUGACUCUGUGACUAACCUUACGUCUGGAUCUCCUGAGUGCUCGAUCUUUAUCUCAUCACGAUACAUUAAGCCCGGACUGCCAUGUUUUAUAUAUAUAUGUAGAUAGUUACAGAAAGGAGAAUUACAAAAUAAAAGAGUGCUGAACUACUUCUCAA